AUGGCGGCACCAAAGUCGGCCCUCGUGCGUCAAAUUGGCGUCUUAACAGUCAAAAACUACAUCAUUCUUCUAGCACGACACCCAACAUCAACAAUCUACACGGCUUUACUCCUUCCAAUCAUUCUGACAGUGUAUCUGGGCAUCGGAGGCAAGCUUGGGGGCCCUCAGAGCGACUACGGCAUUGCCGAGCCCAGAGAUGUUCGAUCACUUCGAGACGGUCUUUCAGUAGCCGACAGCUCCAGGAAUACAGUCGUCUUCGUCAACAACGGCAACGCUGGCGGCGAUAUCGAGCGUGUGAUCAGUACACUCUCAGAAGACAUUUCUGCUGCAGGCAAGAACGCAACGACUGUUAUCAACGACGAUGAGUUGAGUAUUAUUUGCCGGUCGGCUGCUCGAGGCACCACGUCAUGUUAUGGUGCGGUCAUGUUCCACUCUUCACCCAACGAGGGAGAGGGUAGUAUCUGGAACUACACACUUCGAGGCGACCCUGCGCUGGGUGGAAAGUUCAGAGUAGACGAGGAUAAUGACGCUCAAGUCUACAUCUUGCCUCUCCAACGAGCUGUCGAUUCCGCCAUUGCUCGCCUGAACUCGACAGAUGGGAAUUCGGAUCCUCUCAGCGUUCAGCAAGAAUGGGGGUUCACAGACGAAACUGAGGAUGAGCGCCAGGCUUCGGUCCGAAGGAAAUACCAGCAAAGUUUCAUCGACUAUCUCGCCGUCUCAUUCGUUCUCGCUCUGAUUGGCGUCAGUUAUCACCUUCCUGGCCAUGUUGCGACGGAACGAGAAAAGGGUCUUUCGCAGCUCAUCGACGCGAUGAUGUCGAUUCGAUACGAGUGGGAGCCCCAAGUGGCCCGCAUGAUUGCCACCUUCUACUCCUUCGGCACCAUCUACUUUCCAGGCUGGGUCGUCGCCUCCAUUAUCGCUAGGUCACUAAUAUGGAAAGAGACCAACAUUGGAAUUGUCCUUAUCUUCUUCAUCUUGGGAGGUCUCGCCUUGACCUCCCAGGCGAUUCUCGGCGCCACCUUUUUCAAGAAGGCCCAGCUUUCUGGUGUCAUCAACUCUCUGGUUUACGUCCUACUUGGUGUCCUGGCACAGGCCAUUCCUGAUCCACCAACAGGCGCCGUCGCUAUCUUGAGUCUUCUCUUCACCCCCUGCGCUUUCGUUUUCUUCAUCAAGGUGAUAGCCCGCUUUGAAGCCGAGGGCAAGCCGAUGAACCUGGUCAAGGCGCCUCCCACUGGUGCUUCUACCUUACCCGGCAUUGCCCUCUGGGUCUUUCUCAUCAUCCAGUUCAUCUUGUAUCCUCUCAUGGCGGCUGUCCUUGAGCGACUAAUCCACGGCGUCGGCUCGGAAAGUCGGAGAAUCUACAGGGGCGAUGGCCCUCCACCUCAACACGCCGUUUCUAUCGAUGGUCUCACUAAGGUCUACCAGCCAAGCCUCUUCCGACGACUCUUCUCCUUCAUCUCCAAACCACGAUCUCCGACUGUAGCUGUCGAUCAGCUCAACCUCAGAGCACAGAGAGGGCAGAUCAUUGCUCUUCUUGGUGCGAACGGCAGCGGUAAGAGCACGACUCUCGACGCCGUCGCCGGUAUCAGCCGCUUCAACCACGGCAGCGUUUCCAUCGAUGCCUCGGGCGGUAUCGGCAUCGCUCCUCAGAAAAACGUCCUCUGGGACGAACUGACAGUGUCUGAGCACAUUCGGAUCUUCAACCAACUGAAGUCCACGGGCGCUGCCGCUGGAAGCGUCCGAAGCGAUGAUAUGGUGCAGCUCAUAGACGCUAUUGGCCUCGGGUCGAAGAAAAGUGCGCAAUCAAAGACCUUGUCUGGCGGUCAGAAACGCAAGUUGCAGCUUGGUAUGAUGUUGACCGGUGGCAGCGCUGUUUGUUGUGUUGACGAGGUUUCUUCUGGUAUUGAUGCGCUUUCUCGGAGGAAAAUAUGGGAUAUUCUUCUCUCCGAGCGAGGCAAGCGAACCAUCAUCCUAACGACGCACUUCCUCGACGAGGCCGACUUGCUUGCCGACAAUAUCGCAAUUUUGUCGAAGGGCGUCUUGAGGGCCGAAGGUUCAUCAGUCGCUCUGAAGGACUCGCUCGGCGCCGGAUAUAGUAUCCACGUCUUGAACGCCAAAGAUGUUAGAGGACCCCCUGAAGUUGCCGGUGUUGAUCUGAGGGUUUCGCCAAAUACUAUCGUCUACACAGCGCCAUCGUCGCAGCUGGCAGCAGAAGUCAUCCGUCAUCUCGAAGCAGCUUGUCUGCCAUACAAGAUCAACAGCCCUAACAUCGAAGACGUCUUCCUCAACGUGGCCGAGGAGGUCCAAGGCGAAGAUCUUCAGUCUCGGCCCGCCCCUGCAAGAUUCUCCGACGACUCUGGACAGAUCACGGAGAAAGGGAUGGCCGACGGUGGGCGGAAUUCUUUGGGUUUACAGUCUGGCCGCCAAACCGGCUUCGUCAAGCAGCUGACUGUCUUGGUUCACAAGCGCUUGACACUCUUCAAAACAAACUGGAUUCCCUUCGUCGCUGCAUUCCUCAUUCCAAUUAUUGCAGCAGCCAUUAUGCAGAUACUCAUCAACGGAAAAAGCCAGUCUACCUGCGUCCCUACCGAGCAGGGUCAGAGGGGGAACAGCGAUAAAUACGACGAAGUUGUCCAGAGCUUGCACAUUGCUGCCGGUCCAACUUCUGGUAUUGAGAAUACCGCUUUUAGCUCCAUUCUCAACGGCUUGGCCUCAACAAGAGACUCAAGCAACUUCACCAUGGAGAAUGUGACCUCCGAGUCCGGUCUCCGCGACUACAUCGAGCGCGAACGGAAAAAUAUCAUGCCCGGCGGAAUCUGGGCCAGUUCAGAUGAUGGUCCGAUGACCGUAGCAUGGCGAGCGGACACAGAGGAAGGGAUGACCGUUCCCGCUGCUGUCACUGCCCAGAACCUUCUCAGUGUCGCGAGGACGAACAUAAACAUCGCGGCCAGGUACAUCCCGUUCGACAACCCCUUCAGCAGCUCAACUCUCGACACUGUCCAACUAGCCAUCUUCUUCAGCAUUGUGCUCUCGAUCGUCCCAGCUUUCUUUGGGUUAUACCCCAAUGUGGAGAGACGUUCCAACGUUCGUGGUUUGCAGUACUCCAGUGGAGUGAGAUCGUUGCCGCUGUGGACAUCUCACGUAGUUUUCGACUACGGCAUCUUCGUGAUCGCUUUGAUCAUCGCAGCCGUUAUCUUUGUCGCGGCAUCGGACAUUUGGUUUGCUCCUGGCUACCUGUUUCCGGUUUUCAUCCUGUAUGGCCUUACUUCGAUCCUUCUAUCUUACAUCUUUUCCCUCUUCCUUCAGAGCCAGGUGGCAACCUUUGCUGCGAUCAUGGCCUACAACAGUGUGGGCUUUGCGAUCUACCUCAUCGCUUUCCUCUACAUCCUUACUUUCUCACCUGCUACCGUUAGCGAUCGAAACAUUCUCAUAGGUCACUACACUAUUGCAGCCUUCUUCCCUGUGGCCAACGUGUGCCGCGCCCUCAUUGUUGGUCUGAACACCUUCAACCUCGCUUGCGACGGCACCAGUUUCUACGACUACCCAGGAGCGAUGAACGCCUUCGGGGGCCCGAUUCUUUACCUCUCCAUCCAGGCCAUCAUUUUGUUCUGCGGUCUUCUCUGGUAUGACAGCGGCAACAAGAUUCCAGCUUUCCUCAAGCAAAAGAAGAGCUCCAACUCCGAGAUGGAGCAACUUCACGCCGACCAGGAAGUCGCAAAUGAGACCGCUCGAGUCGAAGUUACCGGCUCCGAUGACGGCCUACAGGUCAAGCAUCUGACGAAGAAGUUUGGAAAGUUCACUGCGGUCGACAACGUCACGUUCGGUGUUCGGCACGGCGAGGUCUUUGCUCUUCUCGGCCCCAACGGAGCUGGCAAGUCAACCACAAUCUCGCUCAUCCGUGGUGACAUCCAACCCAGCAAGAAUGGGGGCGAUGUCCUUGUCGAGCAAGUUUCCAUCACCGAUAAGCGCGCCCUGGCUCGUUCCAAUCUCGGUGUUUGUCCGCAAUUCGAUGCCAUCGACUCCAUGACUGUUCUCGAGCACCUUCGUCACUACGCCCGCCUGCGUGGUAUCGCCGAUGUCGAGUACCAAGUUCAAGCCGUGGUACGCGCCGUCGGGCUCGAUGCACACGUCAACACCAUGGCACAGCAUCUCUCCGGGGGUAAUAAGCGGAAGCUUUCUCUUGGAAUUGCUCUUACCGGAAACCCGUCUGUCAUUCUUCUUGAUGAACCGUCUUCCGGACUUGACGCGGCUGCUAAACGAAUCAUGUGGCGCACUCUCAGCACCAUCGUCCCCGGCCGGUCUAUCCUGCUUACGACACACAGCAUGGAGGAGGCAGACGCGUUGGCCAAUCGAGCUGGUAUUGUAGCACAGCGCAUGCUGGCUGUCGGCGACAUCGAGACUUUGCAGUCGCGAUUCGGGGACUCUUUGUAUGUCCACCUUGUCAGUCGUACUGCGCCUCACUCGACUGCUGAAGAGAUGGACCGAAUGCGCGAGUGGGUGCAAAUGAUGUUCCCCAACGCCGAGAUCGAGUCCGCAACGUAUCAUGGACAAAUGCGCUUCUCAGUUUCCGCGGCCGAUGUUCUCUCACGAGCCGAGCAGAUUCAUCUGACAAGACAACGCGGGCAAGUUGCCAGCCUCAGUGCCAUUGGCCAGCUGAUCCUUAUGCUUGAAGAGAACAAGCAGGCUCUGGGCAUCGAACACCACAGCGUCAGUCCCACGACGUUAAAUGACGUGUUCCUUGCUAUUGUUGGGCAGCAUAAUGUGCAGGAAGAGGGGUAUGGUGCUCCAGCCAACGCGGCGGAGAAGAAGAAGAUGCCUUGGAGGAAGAUUCUUCUCGGGUUUUAG